AUAGUAUUAGUUGUCGCCGACGUAUUGUUGCAGCGCUAGUCGUGCUGCAUUUCAUUACAUUACACUUCGAUCCAUUUAUCCAUCCAUAAUCGUAUCGCAACCCCAAGCAAGCAAUCACUACACAAUCCGUGUACGUUUGCCGCGAGCCCAUUCUCAUCCGUCCAAUGUCCGGUAGCGAGGCAUCUGUAGUACUACAAAAUUAAAUGAAUAAGUCAUUAAUUCUUUUAUAAGGGUCAACUUUGAAGGACUGAACUAUAGUUUUACAUACAUUCAUACAUAUGUGCGAUAAUAUUAGUAAUUAAUGUGUUCAGUAAAAAGUAUUUAACAAAUAUUCAAAAUGAUCUAAAGAAUAUACGAGUAUUCAUCUGUUGAUGUGAGCAUUUCUGCGAAAACCCUACGCGGCUGUGCAUAAACUCCGACAAUAAAAUUAUAAAGUGCCUACUAAUUCAUACGGGUGUCUAUGCACGUAACUAGCUGUAGUUUUUCCUCAUACCGAGUUGUGUAAGAGCGAGUGUCAAAGUAUCCAAAAUUAUUUGACAUAAACUUAAUGCCACCAAGCGAAUUGAGGAGAAGUGCAAAAAGGUGAAAAAAACUAGGAAGUCGAAUAUAAAGAGUACGAGUGGUGAGCAAAAAAAAUGUGAAGCUAAAUGAAUGCCGGCAGUGCAAUAAAAAAAGUUAUAAAUGUUGAGAAAUGUUAAAAGUUAAAAUAAAAUGAAAUAAGUAAAAAAUAUAAUAAAUAAAGAAAAAAAAUAAAUCAAAUAAAAAAAAAUUUUUUAAAUAUAAUUCAGAAACAAAUAGAAAAAAACAACGAUAAUUUGCUAGAAAAAAGCAUAGGCCAAAAUAAAGCAUAAAAACAAAACAAAGAACCUAAAAUAAGUAUUACUCUACUCAACUUAUCACAAAACAAACUGUUUGGAGAUUAAAAAAAAAUAUAUUAAAAGCAAUUUUCAAUACCUGAAUACAUAUAGAUCAAGCAUACUAACUUUCAUGCAUUUUAAGGAAGAAAAUUGUGAAUCAAAUUGGAGCUAAGUAAAUAAAAAAUUGAAAAAAGUGCUUACCAUCCAGAGAAACAUUAAAUAACGUAAUAUUAAAAAGCAAAAUAGAGCAAACUUCAUUUAAAAAAAAGUAAAGCAAUAAACGCCAGCUAUAAACUCUGCACCGCUGCUUAAUUUCAAUCCACAAGUAAAAAUAAUCAAACCAGCUGCGAAAACGGCGCCACGGUUUUUUUCAGCUCAACUUGAGGAGUUGUUGCUAUGAUUGUCACCAAUAAAACUAUUAUUAAAAACUCGAGUAAAAACUGUUUAAAAUUCUUGAAUUAAUCUAAUGGAUUUGCGCCUGUGACAAGAUUGUGACAACUACAAAAAGGAGUUUUUGAAAAACAUGUUCACCGUUUGAAAGGAAAAAAGGAGAGCGAUUGUUUUCCACAAAUCGAGGAAUAUACAAGUAACUCUCGUCGCCGCUCCGCAGUAACGGAACGAAAUACACACACAUUUAGUGAAAACACAAGAACAAGUCUUGUAAGCCGUGAAAGGAUCUGUCACAUCCAACAGUGUCCGACCAAUUCGCGCAGUGGCUAAUCGUCGUUUUUGCUAGCUAGCACAGACUGGCAAAAUUACUUUGACAUUUCUCAACAUACAUAUUUAUACUCGUAAACGUUGGUGGGUUGUGAGCAAAUCACAGCUAAUCCAAAACAAGAAAUUUCCAAAUGAAGAUGGCAUCCCAAAGAUUUUGUCUACGAUGGAAUAACCAUCAAAGCAAUUUACUAUCUGUAUUCGACCAGCUUCUGCACGCUGAAACGUUUACGGAUGUCACGCUGGCCGUGGAUGGGCAAUAUUUGAAAGCACACAAGAUGGUUCUCUCCGCCUGCAGUCCCUAUUUCAAUGCGCUCUUUGUUAAUCAUCCUGAGAAGCAUCCCAUUGUCAUUUUGAAGGAUGUCCCAUAUUCUGAUAUGAAAUCUCUGCUUGAUUUUAUGUAUCGCGGCGAAGUUUCUGUCGAUCAGGAACGUCUUACCGCCUUCUUGCGCGUUGCGGAAUCAUUACGCAUCAAAGGUUUAACCGAAGUGAAUGAUGAUAAACCAUCGCCUGUCGCACCGACGCCACCACCACCACAGCUCCAACGUAUCCAACCAUACUUGGUGCAACAACAGCAGCAGCAACAUCAACGCAGCAAAUCACAAAAUAGCCUAUUGGCUGGCUCAAGCGCUGGUGCUGGUGGUUUAGCUAGUGCCGCUGCUUUGGCCGGCGGCCAAAAUGCACAACAACAAUCGCUUUUGAGCUCAGCGCUCGCCUCAAUGCCGAAACGAAAACGUGGCAGGCCACGAAAAUUGUCGGGCAGCUCGAAUGGCACCGGCAAUGAUUAUGAUGAAUUCGAACGUGAAGGCAUGAUGAAUGACUCCGAAAUGGGCGAUUGCAAAAUGGGGGACUCGUAUAGUGGCAAUGAUGAUGGUUCGGAUGAUAAUCAACGCGAUGGUGGCGAUAUGCGCGAUCCGAGUGAGAGCCGAGAUUCUGCUUCCCACAGCAAGAAGUUCAAAUCAAAAGACAAUAAAUCCAAGCAAAAUGACAAUGACAACAGCACAUCGGUGCAAUUGAUAAAUACAUCUCCAGAAUUAUCACAAAGACUAUUCGGCUUAAUUAAACCCGCGGCCACCGUCCAACCACAACAACAGCAACAGUCACAAAAUGACCCACAAUCAGGACCCACACAAACAUCACUCCUUCAAUUCAAUGAGCAACAGGAUGUCACUGCACAUCUACCCACCGCCUUAGGUCUAAAAGUGCGUAGUUCACUGCAAUUAACUGCUCAGCCACAGCAGCAGCAGCAGCAACAGCAACAACAGCAGAACAUCACCAAAAACACCAAUUCACUGUUAAAACAACAGUUACGCGCUGGACUGAAAGAAAUACCGAAUAAUAACACAACGACAAUUGAACCAAUGCCCAGCAGUAAUACUGAUUUCAGCUGCUCAGCGCUACAAUCUCUCGCCAGUGUCGCUGAGCGUCAAACGCCCAACGCAAUACAGCCACCAUCGGCUAAUAAUUUGCACCACCAGUUCUUAUUACACAUGGCGGCGAAUCCCAUGUUAAAACCCAGUGCCGAUUUCUUCCGACAACAGCAGCAUCAGGCACAACAGCAACAACAAUCACAGGAGCAAUUAUCUGCACAAGAACAGCAACAGUCACAAACAAAGAAGGCGCAAUCGCAACAGCAACAGAAAGUGCCGUCCCAGCAAACGCAAUUGCUCGAACAGGAAUUGCAGCGCGAGGAUAGCAUGUCGCCCACAAAUAUGGAUCUCAUACUCGAUCAAACUGACAAGUCAGAGCCAGAAUUGACGCUAGCCGAUGAGACAGCCGGGUUGGAUUACAAAAACGCCGACACAUCACUGGGUAACAUUGAUGACGCUGUCGCUAUUACAACAAUAACAAUAAGUGAUGUGCCGGGCAAUGAGAACUCGAAUGCAAACGCUACGAUUGGAACGAUAACACCGAAUGCACGCUCAAGUGGCACAAGCCGCCGCCCAGUACAACGACGACGGAUACGCCGCAAAGCGCAAUCCACAAUCGAUGACCAAGCCGAGCACUUGACCGAGAUGUCAGUGCGUGGGCUCGAUCUCUUCCGAUAUGCGCGCAUCAACGAAGGCGUCUAUCAGUGCACCGAGUGCGCCAAAGAGGACUUGCAAAAGACUUUCAAAAACAAAUACAGUUUCCAGCGACAUGCCUUCCUCUAUCACGAGGGUAAGGUGCGCAAAGUGUUUCCAUGCACAUUGUGCGGCAAAGAGUUCUCACGACCGGAUAAAAUGAAGAAUCAUCUAAAGAUGGCGCAUGAGAAUUUCGUAGCGCGCGACACCAACAGCUUUAAUCCACUAAACUAUUUGAUUACGGCGGCAACGGCCGAAGAGAUGCAAACUGCAAUAUUCACCGCAAGUGCUGCGGUGCAACAACAACAACAGCAGCAACAGCAACUUGCACAUCAACAGCAGCAGCAACAAAAGCAACAACAGCACCAACAAAGAUCAAUCAUACAGGACGAUUAUAUGGAUAAUGGCGUCAGUAUUUUGAAUUCAACUCCGCAGGAGAGGGACAUUUCGAGUCCAACAUCGCCCACAUCAGCGGCGGCGUUACUGAAAUUGCAGAGUGACUUAACCAUUAAAAAUGAGAUCGUAAUCUCACCAUCACCCUCACCCGAACCGAUAGUGACUAUACCAGCGAAUGCCACAGCGACGCCGGCAAGUGCAGCCGUAACGAAGUCAACAAAUAUGGCAAUGUUGCAGGCAAAACGUAUAACACAAAGACUGGAAGAGGUUAAGUAGAGUGGCAGUUGUCAAAAAACCUACUAAAGUAAGUUAAUAGAAAGAAAUGCUAGACUAAAUGAAGAAAUUUGCUAAGUACAGAGUGUUUAAGAGAAAUAAUUAUUAGUUAGGUUUUAAAUUUUAAUUUUUUUUUUGGUAGGCCGCAAAGUGCAAGAAAUACUACUAGUAUACAAUAUAGGAAUAACUUUUGAUGUUGUGUCAACGCAAGCGCAUAACUAAAAGGUCUGAUUUACAUACAUACUCGUAUAUAGGAAAUAAUGCACAAAAAGCAACUCAUUUACUUAAAUAAAUAAAAUAAUUUAGAAAUCUAUUAAUGAUACUGGAGGUAGUGCUAGGCUAGUGGCAUCGAGUGCAACGCACAAAGCAAAGAAAACAAUAAAAAAGCAAUUAACUUGGCACAAAAAUGAGAUUAAAAGUUUUACAUAUAACAUAAAUUUAUUAUUUGUGGUAGUUUGCUUAACGGAGACAAGUAAUAGCACAAAAAGUCUUACAAAAAUUUAGUAGUAUGCUGCAAUCUACUUAAAGAUUUUGAAAAAUAUGCUAUAUACAUACAUAUGUACAUAUGCGUAUUUGAAAUCAAUGAUAAUUUUAAGCCUCUAAUAGCUUAAACUCAACGACUUUUGCCUUAUAGUUCAGUGCACAAAAAUCUAUUUAAAAAUAAUUUAAUAGCUAAUAGCAAAAGUUAUAAAAAAUAAUAUUUUUAAUUAUUUUUGUAAACAGUAAAUAUGUAAAUAAUUUAAGGACCGUCCAUAUUUUUAACCCUCACGCUAUAUACAUACAUAUAUAAUUACAUUGUUGUAUUAAUUAAUUAGCAUUUAAUUUCAUGCGUUUGAGAAAUUAUUUCAACCUUAUUUGCUUUCUUACGUCAUUUACUUAUUUUAUUUAGCUGAUCACUGAAUUAAAUUUAAGAAAUCAUAUAUAUACAUACAUACAUAGAUCAAACCAUUUGCAUAUGUAUCUAUAGAAGCGCAUUUGCCAGUCCGUUUGGGUGGGAAAGCCGUAAGGCCGGUUUCACAAUUAUCUACAUAUACUUAAGUUCUAGCCAAGAACAACUUAUCCCCCAUUUGCGAAACCGCGCACGCAAAUCUUUCACAAACUAUACUCGGGAAAAAUCGGCAUAUUGCCAUCGUUUAGUAGCCAAAAUGGGUCAAAAAGAACGGACACGAAAAAUAUUCGUCAAGAGAAAAUCGUUAUAACAUCAAAUUUAUAUAAGCUGUCAAAACAAUUUCUAUUUUAUUUUUCUUCCUUAUUAAGCGUACUAUGUGAAACAAAAAACUCAUAUUAAAUCUCUUUGUUAUAAACAAAUGGCGCAAUUUCGAUUUGGCUCCUCUCAUUGGGCGAUAGACAUCAGUUUUUGUUACGGUAUCUGCUGCUCUCUGCCAAUUCAUUUUCAUUCAUUCAACUGCUGUUCAUUUUUAAUUUCUUUUUUUUAACAUUUUUAGCAACACCUAAUUCUUUUAACAGUAACCCAAUAUUUUCCUAAGGUUCACAAUUGUGGACAGUUUAGUGGGUUGUGGACCUUUUGCACAAUAUUUACCCCGUGAUUUUCAUACCAGUUCAUAGCAAAUUGGCUAUAAUAAUACGAGCCAAAACAGAACUGAGCCUUUAUGUUGUUCUAUAAAUGGUCGCAAACGUUUUUGCAAAUACUCCUUCAUAUAAAUUUCCUGAUUUAUAAUGCCCAUGGUAAUGAACGUUUUGCUUUUCAUACCACACUGGCAGAUGGCUUGGCAAACCAAACAUUUUUUAGGGCACUUGCCUUAUAUUUUCAGCCUAAAUGCACCUGGGACUCCUACUCUCUUCGUUGCAGUAUAAAACUCGAGCGUCCUGAAUCUGUUUAGGGUCUGUUUUGACGUAUGUUUCAUCGUCCAUAACCACUCAGCCAUAUUUACAUAUCAAUAUCUGGACUGUUGAUUUUCGCGCACGUGUUUUAUCACUCUUAUUUUGUUUAUCAUUUCGAUUCGGUGCUACAAUCUUUUUUCAUGAUUGUAAACCUUCACUUUUGCACACUUCUUGGACGUAUUCUUCCAACAUACGAACCUGUUUUGCAGCAUUUCGUAGAGCAAAAUUUGCUUUUUUUGGAAAUAAUGUUGCCAUUCUUUGGCUUGUGUUGCCGGCGCAAAUCUUUUUUUUACCACUGCCAAACCUCUGUUCCACCGUCAAGGUUUAACUUUUUUAAGACAUAAUAUAAACAUUAAAUAUAAAUUAGCCUACUUUUCGGACAAUUUAAAGCUUUCGCUUUGGCAUUGUGCGACAAAUGACCAUUCACUCGCUUUUUGCACACAACUUUCUCCGCAAGCUCACACUUAAGGGGUUAGAUACGUCCGGAAUUUUCAAAAAAUCGAUUUUUUUUUUACAGAUUGUUAUUCUUUAUUCCUAUAGUUUUAAGCGUAUUUCUGUGGAUGUCGAUUGUAAAAAUUCCCCAUAGAUACAAAGUUAUGGUAGAAAAUGUAACUGCCCGACGAGAGUUUGAUGCGCACAGGUGGUUGUCCUUCGUUUAAGGCAGCUGGCCCUUACUUUCGGAAACUUUCAGUCUGUCGGUUCUUUUGUAAUUCUAAAGUAGAUAUAAGGAUAUCUCUAAAACAUUAUGAGAGUAUGUGUAGAGUCGAUAUGGUAAGGUAUAUGAAACUAAAGGUUAGUUGUUUUUGAUCAUUCGAAGAAAACAGUUGUGUGUCUUAUUUGUGAUUUUCGAAAACGUUAAAACGUCGUUGUAUGGAUGGUAAAGGCAGUAAGAGUGAACGAUGUUCACGUCUUAGAAAGAAGAAGCCUCCUCAGAAGCGUAGAAGUUACAAAACGUGAAUUUGCUAAAUCAAUAAUGACAACAACCCCUAUGAAUAUGUACGUUUAUUUUUUAAUUACAGUUAGUUUUACCUCAUCAACUGCAACGCACUUAUGCCAGCGUUCGAUCCAGUUCACGAAACAUUUAUGGAACUCGAUUUGCGGUGCAUCCAUCAGAGCCGUAUUCGAUUUUUCCUCUACUUCCUUUCGUUCCCCUUAGGAAUUUUUUGACUCGAUCAAACAGAAACAUUUUAAAAAAUUUACAGGGAGCCACAUCAGUUGAAUUCGAUGGCUGUUGUUUUGUUCUUGGCCGAAAAAUCGCGGAUAAUGAUGGCACUGUGCGACUGUGCUUUUGCAAAAUUCACGAGUUGUUUUCCCACAAAUGCUUUCUUUUUUGGCGAGCUGCUUCUGGUAAACUCUUAAGAAGCCCAAAUAAAAGUCCUUCACUGUCUAACCUUCUGCCAAAAAUUGUUGGUGCACAAUGCCGUUGAAAUUCAUAAAAACAGUAAACAAUGUUUUCUUUUGUGGCUGCAAAUGACGGGGUUUUUAUGAUCUUGGUUCGUUCGGAGCUCUCCACUCAUUCGGCUGAUGUCUGGAUUGCGUGUCGCACUCAUAAACCCACGUCUCGUUUCCAGUAAUGUUGCGUUUGAUGAAUGUUAGGUCGGAUUCAGCCUUGGAAACCCUGUAUUUUGCCGAUAUCAAUGGGUUCUUUGGAAUCAACUUUCCAGCAACACAAUGCAAACUCAAAUCAUUAACUACCAUACAAUGUACUGAACGGAUCCGUAAGCAAUGCUCAAGUCCUCUGCCAACUCUCUGAUAGUUAAUUUGCGGUUGUUGAUCAACGUUUCUCUCAUUUUGUUAAUGUUUUCUUCAGUUUCCGAUGUCGACGUCCUUCAUCAUGUCAACGUUCGUCAUCCUCAAUGGACUUACGAUCUCUUCUGAAGCAUUCAUUCCACCCAUAACCGGCUGAUUUCCUUAGAGUGGCAUUACCAAAACAGUUUCCCAACAUUUCUAAGGUUUUCGCACCAUUGCAUCGUUUUUUAAUGCAAAAUUUAAUACAAAAUUGGUAUUGCAAAUUCAAAUCUAUUUUUAAAACUGUAAAAAACCGAAAGCACGUGCACUGGUAGAUUUACUCAAGACGGCAUAACUUUUACAAAUGCCAAGUAAUGGCGAUAAAAUUUUGGUAGGAAUGUUAAUCACAGAUGUGGCAACGUAUCAAAAACAAAAACAGAACUCAAAUCAGUUAACUUAUUAGAGUGUCGCUUGUCGGUUGUUACAAGAACUUUUUGAUCAAGAUGGUAUGCAAUAAUAAUAGUAAUACUGGCCUUAAACCCCGUUUGAUACUCAAUGACUGCACCUUUUUUUCUAGACAUUCUAGAAGCCUUAAAAUUCGAUUUUAAGUUAAAAGCGAUUUAGUAGAUGUUUUGCAAAAAUUAAAAUAAGAAGAAAAGUUAUUAAAUUAUUACAUUUCUUUGCGCAUACAUACAUAAUACAUACACAAGUACAGGUGGCGCAAAACGAAUCAUCCGAUAUGGUUUUUAAAUAACUUUUUCGCUAAAUAAAAAAUACUGAUUUUGAAGAAUGAAAAUCUUUAUUUUGACCUAAAAACGCGCCCCUGGUUGUCUGUUUGUAUACUGCAGCUGUCAUAUUUGAUUGGCGUUGGCAAAAAUUAGAGGCAUUUGAAAAUAUUAUAAAUGGGGUGAUUAAUUUUGCGCCACCUGCUACAUACUACAUACACAUAGAUAAGUAACGUUUACUCAUAUUUGCAAAGAAAUUUGCGCCUGAGAAGUAUCAGUAUGAUUUAUUUUUAUUUACAAUUUUUAUUAAUAUUUAUUUUUUAUUUAUAUUCUACUUAUUUUAUUCUAUAUUUAUUUCUUCAACUCUGCUUAUUGGCACAGCCAUACGAAUAUUUAUUUACCGAGCAAAAUUGCAGAUUAGUUGUUUGUAAUUACAAAACACAAAAACAUUUCCUAUUAUAAUUGAAGAGUUCAUAGCUUUUAACUGCCUACGUCUUGAGCGGCCAUAUGGACUAACUGACUUCAACUGAUGAUCAAAUAGUUGAAGAACUUUUUUCCACCUCGUAUACUCGUAUAGUCGAAACGUUGGUCAACGCUUUGCUAUUGGUAACCGAUGUCAUGUAAAGGGUGAUCAAUUAAAAGAUAUCGCAUUUUAAAUUGAAAGAAAACAUCAAAAAUUCUGGAACUGAUUGAGCAAUCUUUAUUCUUUUUGUGAGAACCAUUCACGACAUUUACUUUUUAAAGAUAAUUCCGUUCAAAUGUUGGCCGCAUCUGCGCCGCAACUCGGCCAUCCGUAAACACAAAUUUUGAAUGACUCGCUGCAGGAUUUCGGUCAGUAUCUUUUGACUAACUUUAGUAAUAUUGGCUUCCAACACCUCAAUCGAAGCUGGUUUAUCUACAAAGCAUUUAGACUUUACACACUCCUACAAAUAAAAGUCCAAAAGUGUGAUAUUAGACGAUUUUGGUGGCUAAUCCACUGGUCCGAGACGAGAGAUAAAUUGCUCACCGAAACGACGGCGCAGUAAAUCCAUUGUUUCACGGUCGGUAUGGCAAGCAGCGUCGUCUUGUCGCUGUUGUGGAGAUCACGAGCUUCAAUUUCUGGCAUGAAAAAGUCGUUUAUCAUUGUUACAUUGGCGCCAACCACGUCUUUGAAGAAAUAUGGUCCGAUGAUUCCUCCAGCCCAUAGGCCACACUAAACGGUUGUUUUCAAUGGAUAUAAUGGCUGUUCUUGAAUGACUUCGGGUUACUCUCCAGCCCAAAUACGGCAAUUUUGCUUACUGACGUAGACUCUAAGCCAAAAAUGGAUCUCAUCGCUGAAUACCAAAAGUUGGCCUGAGCGCGCGUUGAAGAUUUUUCACUGAACGUCGAUUUUCGUAAUUCAUUUGUUCGAUUUGUUGUGACGUUGUUGAGGCUAAGUCUUGCCAUGCUGAAAUGUCAAUGAAUGCUGCAGAAAAUUAUGUAUUUAGUUCGACAAUAAUAGUCAAGCGUGAUCUGGCAAAAAAACCCUCUUGGAAAAAGUACCUCCAAUCUGAUCACUCUUUAGAUAUUUGGUUAUCUCCUUAUCUAUGGAAGUCUUUUUGAGAACAGCUCGUCUAACCAAAAGUAAUCUUGUAUGUAUGUACGAGUAUAUAUAUAUAAAUUUAUAUACAUAUUUUGAAGAUUUAUCAACCUGCCUACACACAGGCUAUUUGCAACCAAGUUCUGUUUGUUAUAUUGAUUUGUUCAUAAUGCGGGCUGUAUAUGAGGCGCUUUAUACAAUUCCCGCGCAAAAAUGCCGCAAGAAUUCCGACAGAUAAUAUUUAAUUUUUCUUAAAAUUUAACUUAUAAUUGUUUUUUUAAAUUUCACUCAGUAUUCACAUUUGUUACAUUAUAAAAGUACAGUAAGAACUCGGCAAUCGCAACUAAUAAAGGUAGGGAAAUCAGAGCAAUUGAAUUCCUUGCGCUUAUCAAGGAAACAAAAAUUUUAAAUGAGCCUACUUUUUAUAAAAUAGAAAGCGUUUUUUUUUAUUAAGAAAUUUUGUUAUUAUUUAUUUUUUUUCUUUUAUAUCUUUAUUUCAUUUUAUUUGUAUUUUUUUAGUUGCAAAAUCUAGUAAUUUCGUGUAUCAACGGUUAUAUUUAAGAAGUUCGUACUGUAUUAUCGGGUGUUUUUUAGCUGCAUAAGAACUAUCGUUAUCAAUAGAUAUGGGUUGACAGCUGAGAAUGACAAAUUGUGUUGACAUUUCCGAUCAGUAAGUUUUGGCAAUUCAUCAUGAAUCUUUUAACGCUACAACCUUCAAGAAGACAAAGGAACGUGCGUACCGAAGAGAAUAGUGCUGCUGUAGCGUGAAGUGUUGAAGAAGACGCCGAAAUUUCGAUUCGUCGUCAUUCUCAGCAUGCUGGCCUUUCUCCUUCGACAACGUGGAAAAUUUUACCUAAGGAUCUUAGCUUACGUGCCUGGUUGCAGCGCAUGCUUACAACCAAGAUCUAACUCUUAACGAUGUUUGCAGGAAAUGUAAUGAGCCAAGUACAAAAGAAACCCUGUUGCAUCUCCUAUGCUGCUGUCCGGCUCUCUCGAAAACUAGACUAUACUAACUGAGUGCUCUCAGUUUUUAAAGACUUGAAUAUAUCCCUGAAUUAGAGCUUGAGCGACUCCUAAAAUUCGCGAACAGUACGCACAUCUUGAACGAUGCAUAUUUUCCCUAAAAUGGGACUCUGAUCUAGUAUCACUAUGAACCGAAAUGGUCUCUGCGUGGCUUCGGCCAGCCAGUAUAACCUAACCUACGCGCUUAUAAAAUACAGUUCACCCAGGAAUUGAAGCCAAAUGACCAUCGUUUGCGUCGCAUUUUCGCUAAUUGGCUCCUUUAGAUUUGGGGAUAGUUGUCAGAAAUUGGGCUGAUCGAAGGGGCCAUACAACUCAUAGCCGCGGCGGACAUAUGCCAGAUAUUAUAUUCAAAAAAUAAAUGCCAUGAAAUUAUCUACCAGGUUAUAAUCAAAAAAAGCUCAUUCCAUUUCUGUUUUUUUGGCGACCGCUGUAGCCGAAUGAGUUGAUGCGUGACUACCAUUUGGAAGUGCCUAGGUUCGAAUCUCCGUGUAUAGAACACCAAAAUGAUAGAAAAAAGUUCUUUCGAAUAGCGGUGGCCCCUCGGCAGGCAAUGGCAAAUCCUCGAGUAUAUUUCGGCCUGCAUCAAAAUAUAGGGCCCUCCAUUUGUGCAGGGUGGGCCAAAUAAGACCUACUAAUGUUAAACACAAAUAGCUUUUGCAAUAAUCAUUUAUUUUGGUUAAUUGUUUUUAUACAUUGAAUAUAUUUUAUGGAAAUUAUGUAUGAAAUACUCUACAUCAGACAAACGCGUUUUCCAUUACACCACAUAAUGUUUCUGGUUGAAGGCUCAGUAUUUCGUCUCGAAUAUUUUGCUUCAGCUGUCUAAUAGUCUCUGGUUUAUUAAGAUACACUUUGUCUUUUAAAUAUCCCCAUAAAAAGAAGUCGGGCGCAGUCAAAUCUGGCGAACGAGAUGGCCAAGGGAAAUCUGAAUUUUUGGAAAUCAGACGUUCGCCAAAAAUUGCAUGCAGCAGGUCCAUAGUUUGCCUAGCAGUAUGCGCAGUUGCUCCAUCUUGUUGAAACCACAAAUUAGGAUUAGUGUGUUGCCCUUGGAUUUUCAGAGCCCCACAAUCUACAGUUUUGUUUGUUGACAUAACCAUUUAAAUGGAAAUGCGCUUCAUCCGACAUCAAAACAUUAUUUAAAAAAUCAAUUUGUGUGGCUAAUUGUGUAAAACGAAUAGCGUAUUGUAGUCGUUGUUGGUGGUCUUGCGGUAGGGUUCCAUAAUAAAUUUCCAACAAUUCAAUUAUAACCUACAAAAAGAGAAAAAUAAAUAUGUCAAAAAAUAAAAAAGUUAUUUGUGCUUAACAUUAGUAGGUCUUAUUUGGCCCACCCUGUAUAUGUACAUUAUCAUUUUUCUUAAAAAACACCCGACGCAUCCACACAUUUAUAAAUUUUAUAAUUCUUAGCAGCCUUAACAUUUUUUUAUAGAAAGACCUACCUUUUGCAUUAUGGCGUUUACAAAACUGAUAGCGAAUGUCUCAAAUUUUAUAAAAAAUAAAUAUAAAAAAUGUAUGUAUGUAACUUGGAACUUGAUUAGGUUAAUCUAGAAGUAGAUUUACAUGCAGAAUUAAAUAUGAGACUAUAGCAUAUAAAUGUUCCAACUUGGAACUGUAGGAAUUGAUGAUGAUGAUGAUGAUGAUGAUGACGAUGAAAUGAAAAUGAAACUUUUUUCUUUUGGUUUUUCAAGGUACUUUUUUGUCAAUACGUUUCUUUGAAAUUUUGGUUUGUUCUAAAACAAAAAACGUAUUUUUAAACAUUUGUUAUUUUAUUCGCUAAUCCACCUUUAAAAUUUAUGAAUUU